AUGACGGGCAAAAACGGGAAGAUUCUUGUGUCGGACCUCCCGAUGAUGUACCCGAGUGACUGCCUGCGGUUUGAGAAGGAAGGCGGCGUGUGGGGGCAGCAGUGGCGCGUGCGCCGCAAACAACUCACAUUUGCCCUCACGGCAGCCACACUCUCAACUGUGGUGGGCUCCUACUACGUCGUGUCACGCCGCAACACCGGCUUCGUUCUCUUCAGCACCUUCUCCGGCUUUUCGGUCCUUGGCUUCUGCAUCGGCUCUGCGCUGGCCCCACUAGCGUACCCCAACGUGGCGAACAAUAAGGAGACAUCCAUGAUGCGCCGGGUGUGGUGGGCAAAGGAAUGCGCGAAAUACUGGGACUAUUCGCAGGUGCAGGAGGACACGUGGAAGGCAGAGUACCCGCAUGCGCAAAUCCCGCAAGGUGGAGGGCGGUGA